UGUAUUUUAUGUAUUCUAGGUACUGCUUGUUUAUGCAGAAAUAUUGGAAGUCCUUCUCCAGCUGCUCUGAAUGUGGAUUGUUUUGCUGCUCAUUCCCAUAAACAAAUCUUAUCCAAGGAGCUUUUUCACAGAUUGCAAUGGCAGCAACAAUUAUAUCGCUUACACCAUGUCUAGGAACUGGCUCUAGUCUCGAGGCAACUGGCAAACCAAGAAGCCCCUUCAGAUGCGCAGACAAUGAAAUCUAUCUUUAUAGAAAUAUAGAAUGUGUUGAGAAAGAGAAGUUUAGGCAACUUCAACAGGACCUGAAGGUGUUUCAAAAGACCACUGUUGCAUCAAGAGCUCGGACGCUAAAGUCUUUUAAAAAGUUAGAACAAGCCAUUGAAAGAGAGUCAGAAGAUGAUAUAGAAGAGGACUCUCCUGCUGUGAGCUGGGCUCUUGCUUUUGCGAAAUCCUGUCAAAGUGAUACGCAGUCCAUAACAGAUUACAUCAAUGAGCAGAAGGAACUGUUUUUGCUGGAGUAUGCAGUUAAAACAAAGCAACGUGCUAUAUCAAAGAUGGAGGAAAUGGCAGCAAUGGAGGAGAGAAAGGCCAAAAACGCCGAAACGAAACUAGAAGAUGAUACACUGGCAUUUGAGGAGUUUCUCAAGGAAAACGAUAAAAGUUCUGUAGAUGCCCUUAAAAUGGCAAGCCAGGAAGCAAAAGCGAAAAAUGAAGUGAUGACAGAAGUCAGGUUAGCAAUGAAUGAAGUGUUCUCUCUUAAAAGUGAAAUUACAAAUGCUGAAGACCUCCUGAGACUUUAUUUAUCCUAUGAAGCUUUUUUGCUGAGCAUUUCUCCUAAAGAGUGGCAAGACCAGCAGAUGGCAAAGAAGAAGAAGAAGAGAGACAGGAAAAGCUUGCUUUCAAAAUCUUUUAUGUCGGUGCCCAGUCGUGAUAAAACCAGACUAGUAUCAACCUCAUUUUUAUUACAUCACAGAAUACACAAAUGGGCACAUGUCAGAGGGCAACCACAGACCAAAGGGCUGCCACCUGGCAAGAAGUUGGCAGCUGGGAGAUCCGCCUCUUUACUUGUUCCUCGUGAGGAAGAGAAGAAGAAAAAUACACAGGGGACAGGAGGUGAUUACCGCUUUUUUAGAAAGUCAUCAAGAUCAGUGAGCAUUAGAUCAUCCCUUGGAGGCAAAAGUAAUCAAGUAUCAAGUGAAAGAAGUGGAUCUCUGUCUUCAGAAGACGAGUUUUCCUUGGAUGAUAUACCAAGUGAUGAGGAGCCAGAAAUAUAUUUCAAACACCCAGAUGAAUUACUGCAGAUGUUCAGACAUCUUGAAGAACAAAACCUUUCACUGUUUCAAAAUAUUCAAGAAAUCAGUGGAACCCUGGAAGAUAGACAGCUGAAUGGUCAAGCUCUUCAGGAGCGCAUGGAAGAAAGAAUAAAGAACCUAAUAGAUGGGAAAGAAGCUCUUAAAGUUGCUUGCACCAAAGAAGAGGCAAAAACUGCACAACUAGCACUAAAAAUCCAAUUGUUUUCUGCAACAGACAAUAAUGCAGCAUCCAUGGAUAAAUUGCUGAAUUCACUUACUAAAAAAGUAGCAGAAGUGUACAAAAUUUGCUCUGGAGGAGAUGAAGUGUCCAGCUUGAGCCCGUUUCAAAUGCUGAAAGCGAUAGAAAUUCGGGUCUCAGAGCUCUGCGAAAUGUUUGAAACACUUCCAAAAGAGUACCUUGAAAUUGUUGAAGCCAAUGAAAAACUCAGGACGAAAGAAAGAAGACAGAGAAUCCGUGAAGAUAAACGGAAAGAAUUGAAAAGGAUUCAGGAUGAGAGGUUGAAACAUGCUCUUGAAAGAGCAAUUGCGGCACCAAAGAAAAGGAUGGGAAGAAAACUGGUGUAUCGCUCAGAGCCUCCACAAACUAGCCAGGGAAAGGAAAAGGUUGAAGAUUUAACUACAAAAAGUGAAGAUGAUUACUAUUUUACAUGAAUUUUUGUGUGUGUUAGGAAAUGGUUUCUGGAAUAGAUCUGGGGACAUGGAAAGGGUGGCUUCCAAAUAUUUUGAACUACAGCUCUCAUAACUCUAGACCAGUGUUUCUCAACCUUU